GGCGCGCGGCGGCGGGCGAGGCGCAGGAGAUACAAGCGACGUGUGACAAGUUGGACGAGGUGCUCGAAAACUACUCUCGACGGAUGACCGAAUAUUUCAACAGUAUCGAGAGUUCAAGCGCUUCGUCGUCGAGAAAACUCAGCAAAUUGAAAGGGAAGAAGAAAUCUAUAGGCACUUGGUCUAAAACUGGGAGCGAAUCGUUUUCGAUAGAAUCUCGUCUUUCGAUGUACUCGAUGGACACUCGAGCCGGUCUCGUCCCGAAGUCUUCCAACUCAAAGGAAAACACGAGCUCGCGAGCGCCGAGGAGAGGCGAGGCGGCCGCCGGGGAGCAGGCUGCACUCGCGAAGGCUCUGAAGAAAACGCCGAGCGUUCGGCGGAUGAUGCCCGUCGUGGACACACAAAUACGCACACUCGUGGAGAGUCAGCCCUGUACGUCGAAUCACAUGAGUCCGGACGGGAGUCCGCUCUCAACACCCAAGAGUCCCAAAACCUCUAGAUCACGUAAAGCAACAUCACCCAGAAAAACACUUCAGAACAAUAACAAGCCACUGAUGUAUAGUUCGCCCAGAAACGUUACUUAUAAGAAGAUUAUAAAUAGUCCAAGACCAAAGAGAGAAAGCAAUUCAAGGGAAUCUGAAAAUACAACAGAACCUUCGAGAAACAUUCUCACAAAUGAUUCUACGAGCGUUGUCAAUAAGACAGAGAUAAGAGAUGUGAAAAGGGAUGAGAAAGAAAUGGCUUGGAGUUUAGAUGUCAAUGCUAAUUCCGAAGAGCAAGUUGCGAGAGAUGAAAAAACAAAUGAAACAGAGAAGAGAUGUGAGAAGGAUAGAAAUAAGGUUCCAGAUUCUGGUCCGGCUAGCGUCGAAGUGACGAAACUUCUCCGACAGCUGUGCGGUGGAGACGCAACGGGGUGCAGAAACGAACGCAUGAUGGGUGCUAAGAACGCGCAGCUGUUUUGUGUAACCGGAAGCAGUCCGCGACAGCCGAGCACUCCUCAAUUACUUCGGAUAUUAGAAGAAACAAUUCAAAAGAAGACGCCGAAAGCACUCUUCCCGAAAACAGUCGUGCCUGUGAAGGAUGCAGAGAGAUUGCGAAUGUCGUUCAACAUUCCGGAACGUGUCACGGAAAAUUUAUUUCAAUACAGGACCAAGUUUGUCCAGCACAUGCUCACCAGCACGAUGUAUGCCAACAGCGAUAUCGGCAAACCGUGGGAGAAGAUUGGAAGUGUAUCAGAGCAAAUUAUUGACGAGUUGCUUUUAAACUGCGCCAAAGAGAUGGAACUAUAUCAUUACGUUAAGAGUUUUUACGAGAAUGAGACACGCUGAGGAACAUUCCAGCUACAUUUCGAUAGCUAUAAAAACAAUUGUUCA